CUUUCCGGGUGCUACAUUAUCUGUGUGAAAUGGUUUUGACCAAUUGUUCUUGUAUACAUACGCAACGAGUACAAUUAUAUGCAUGUACGUGCACUGAAGAAUCACGUAAUAUCAGAUCAUAGAUGCAUCACAUGCAUCCCAGGAUAAGACUUUUGACGCUUGGUAGUAAGCUAUUAUUAUACAAGCAGACUUUUGGUUUGCCAUUUUUCAAACCUCCUACUGGUCUUCCCCAAAGGAGCCUGUUCCGUUCACUGCAUUCUCAGGCUCAAGAACGUAUGUCUACUACAGCCGGUCUUGUUAUUCCCUGCAAAGCUGCUGUUGCAUGGGAGGCCGGGAAGCCAUUGGUGAUUGAGACGGUGCAGGUUGCUCCACCACAGGCCAUGGAAGUGAGGAUCAAGGUCAAAUAUACCUCUCUUUGCCACACUGAUCUCUACUUCUGGGAAGCUAAGGGCCAGACACCAUUAUUUCCUCGCAUAUUUGGCCAUGAAGCAGCCGGAAUUGUGGAGAGUGUGGGAGAAGGUGUAAAAGACCUUGAGGUUGGAGACCACGUGCUCCCAGUUUUCACAGGGGAGUGUGGAGAAUGUGGGCAUUGCAAAUCUGAAGAGAGCAAUAUGUGUGACUUGCUCAGAAUAAACACAGACAGGGGAGUUAUGCUUAUUGAUGGAAAAUCUCGGUUUUCGAUCAACGGAGCUCCCAUAAAUCACUUUCUUGGCACAUCCACUUUCAGUGAAUACACAGUCAUCCAUUCCGGCUGUCUUGCGAAAAUCAAUCCACUAGCACCCUUGGAUAAAGUAUGCAUCCUUAGUUGUGGCAUCUCAACAGGAUUAGGAGCAACUUUGAAUGUGGCAAAACCUAAGAAGGGUUCAUCUGUUGCAGUCUUUGGGCUUGGAGCUGUAGGUCUAGCUGCUGCUGAAGGUGCAAGAAUUGCAGGCGCUUCGAGGAUAAUUGGGGUGGAUUUGAACCCUAGUAGGUUUCAGGAAGCCAAGAAGUUUGGAGUAACAGAAUUUGUGAAUCCGAAGAACCAUAACAGACCAAUUCAAGAGGUUCUUGUAGAGAUGACAAAUGGUGGAGUGGACCGUAGUGUGGAGUGCACUGGCAAUACCAAUGCUAUGAUCUCAGCAUUUGAAUGCGUUCAUGAUGGUUGGGGUGUGGCUGUGCUUGUUGGGGUGCCCAAUAAGGAUGCUUUGUUCAUGACUAAGCCAAUAAAUUUGCUGAAUGAAAGGACACUAAAAGGAACUUUCUUCGCAAACUAUAAGCCAAGAACCGAUCUCCCCUCUGUCGUUGACAUGUACAUUAACAAGAAAUUGGAAUUGGAGAAAUUCAUAACUCAUCGGGUACCUUUCUCUGAGAUCAACAAAGCAUUUGAUUACAUGGUUAACGGGGAGGGCUUGAGGUGCAUUAUUAGCAUGGAAGACUAGGAACAUAUGGUUCUAUUUUGUUAAUUUUACCUAAAAAAAUCAAUAAAUUCAAGAUUGGAAUGAAAUUGAUAUAAUAAUGAACAAAUAUUAAAACUAUGAUCAUAUUCUAUAUGUUCAAGAAUGUCCUAGUUGAUAAUAGUGACAGAAUGUAAAACAAAAUUCAAUCAAACUUAACCUCAAUGUAUUAGAAAGAGACAUAAGAAAAGGCUAAGAAUAUGCAGUAAGUGACACAGGAAGGAUUUCUGUAUACGGAAAAACAUAUGUACUCCCUGUUUAUGACUAUUGUUUUUAGUCUCUACAGUGCAUACAUAGGACAAGCAAAAGAAAAUUGAAUGGUUAAUCUUUGGCAGUUUGCUCUGGCAGAGCUACUUGUAUUUUUCCAUUAUUCUCCUUGCUUCUUCUAUAGGGUCUUCCAUUGGGCCGGACUUAGACCCACCACCUCCUCUAGGACCUUGAUCUUUGUUCAAGGCAAUAAAUAUGAAAUAUACAAGCCCCAUUGUGGCCUGUCCACUCAAGGAAAAUGAAGCAAUUCAACUACUUAAAUAUAAUGCUUAAAGGCUACGUAAGCUAAGCUGGCUGUUUUUCUUACUGUCAAAUUCAUAAGCAGUGGAUGAUCACCUAGUUUUGUCAA